AAAUAGGAUACAAGUAGUGAAGUGUUUGAGAAGAUAAGUUUAUCUUUUUAGCACAAAUCUGCGUUUCCUCUUCUAAAACGUAGCCUCUGUUCCUCAGCUCACCGGUUGACAACUCACUGCACUGACGUCUAGGGGUGCGUUUGUGUGCGUACUUGAAGCAACACCAUGACACAGGACGGUGGUUUGUGUUUUGUUGACAAAACUCCCACUUCGUCCCCGAGUGAUGUGUGUUUUAGACCAAGCUUUCUUCGUCUUUAUCGUGAGUGCAUCAGAGUAACUGCAUUCAGCCAGUAGAGGGCAGCAAAGUCCCAGUUCACUGUUUAGUCUGCUGAUGCUUUCACCGGCUCCUUUGAUAGCUCCACCUGCUGGCAGUAGUCGUGGAGAGGAAGUCCUGGGUAAAGACUGCCUCCAGUAUUCCAUAUAGUGGGUGUGGAGGAGAGGAUGUCUGAGGGUUGCGGACUGAUACAGGAUGCAGCUUGGUUUUAACUGCGGGCUUCUUCUUCUUCUUCUUCUCCCCAUCCUCCCAGUGAUGCGCGGUACGUCACGACGCGGUUUACUGUACGUGGUGUUACUGAAGGAACAGCAGCAGCACACAGCAGCCCGGAUCCUCCUUAUUACAUUAUGUAAUGCCCUGGAUGCUGCGUCGCGACGGAUGGCUGGUUUCCUCAUCUGUGAUUUGGUGUGUCGCUGGCCGCUCAGACCUUUGCAUCUCUGCAUCAAGUGCAGAGCUGAGUGCAAGUAACGGAGCCUGGCUGUCGGUGGCCUCUCCCUUGCAGGUGCAGAGACGCUGGGAGUCUGCACAACUCCACAUCUUGGACAUUAUUUAAUUAUUUUUAUUUUUUAUUUUUUAUGUUUUUUAUUGCCGAGCAGAGACGCGUCUCUGUUCCAAACCCUCUGGUCUCUCAGUGGAAGUAAACCAAUGCGGGUUUGUUUCAGAUUAACACCAGGAUCACAGUGUGUUCUCCAUCGCUUUGGGUCGACCCUGCAUUCUAAACAAUGGCGGGUCCCGAGCAGCAGAGGCAGCAGCAGCACGUAGAGGAGAAGGCAGAGCGAAUAGACGAUGCCGAGAUGGCUCUGCAAGGCAUUAACAUGCUGCUCAACAACGGCUUUAAGGAAAGCGACGAGCUUUUCAGGAGAUACAGGAGUCAGAGUCCACUUAUGAGCUUUGGGGCCAGUUUUGUUAGUUUUCUGAACGCCAUGAUGACAUUUGAAGAGGAGAAGAUGCAGACAGCCUGUGACGACUUGAGGACCACUGAAAAACUGUGUGAGAGUGACAGCGCUGGAGUGAUAGAGACAAUCAAAAACAAGAUAAAGAAGAGUAUGGAUUCACAGAGAUCAGGCAUUGUCGUGGUCGACCGUCUUCAGAGGCAGAUCAUCGUCGCCGACUGCCAAGUCUACCUUGCCGUGCUGUCAUUUGUCAAACAAGAACUUUCGGCUUACAUCAAAGGAGGCUGGAUCCUGCGUAAAGCCUGGAAGAUGUACAACAAGUGCCACAGUGACAUCAGUCAGCUGCAGGAGUCCUGUCAGCGCCGGUCCUCCGUGAACCAGGACUCACUGUCUGCAGAUAACGUCAACCACAACUCACCAGUGGACAACGGUGUGACCCCCGAGGCCCUGGAUCGGCUCAAGGGCUCGGUUAGCUUCGGCUACGGCCUCUUUCAUCUGUGCAUCUCCAUGGUGCCGCCGCACCUGCUCAAGAUCAUCAAUCUGCUGGGCUUUCCCGGCGACCGACUCCAGGGUCUGUCCUCCUUAAUGUAUGCCAGUGAAAGCAAGGACAUGAAGGCACCACUGGCUACGUUGGCCCUCUUGUGGUACCACACGGUGGUGUUGCCGUUCUUUGCUUUAGACGGCUCCGAUACACAUGAAGGGCUGCUCGAAGCCAAAGCGAUUCUGCAGAGGAAGUCAGUGGUGUACCCCAACUCAUCGCUCUUCAUGUUCUUUAAAGGACGGGUUCAGAGGCUCGAGUGCCAUAUCAACAGUGCCCUGGCCUGUUUCUACGAUGCGCUGGAGCUCGCAUCAGACCAAAGAGAGAUUCAGCAUGUGUGCCUCUAUGAGAUCGGUUGGUGUAGCAUGAUCGAGAUGAAUUUUGAAGACGCGCACCGGUCGUUUGAAAGGCUGAAGAAUGAGUCCUGCUGGUCACAGUGCUAUUACGCCUACUUGACUGGCAUUUGUCAGGGAGCCUCCGGUGACCUGGAUGGAGCGAAUCGAGUGUUUAAAGAUGUGCAGAAGCUUUUCAAGAGGAAAAACAACCAGAUCGAGCAGUUCGCUGUGAAAAGGGCUGAGAGACUGAGGAAGAUCUGUGCUUCCAGAGAGCUGUGCAUCCUUGGUGUCAUUGAGGUGCUGUAUCUGUGGAAGGCACUUCCAAACUGCUCGUCAUCUAAAUUGCAGGUUAUGAAUCAGGUGUUACAGAGAUUAGACGAUUCUCUGUGCCGUGGACUGAAACAUCUGCUUCUUGGUGCUAUUCAUAAAUGCCUUGGAAACAUGAGAGAUGCUCUCCAGUCGUUCCAGUUGGCUGCUCGAGAUGAGUAUGGACGGCAGAUCAAUUCCUACGUUCAGCCGUAUGCUGUCUAUGAACUGGGAUGUAUACUACUUGCACAAUCAGAGGCAGUUGGAAAGGGAAGAUCCUUACUCCUUCAAGCCAAGGAGGAUUUCACAGGGUAUGACUUUGAGAACAGGCUUCAUGUCCGCAUCCAUUCAGCCCUGGCCUCCUUGAAAGAAGUAGUGCCUCAGUGACUCAGUGGGAGGAAGCUACACCUCAGUUGUCAAGCCUUUCAAUCGGAAUGUUUGACACGCCUGGGAACGAGCUCCCGUGUUUGUCACUGUGGAGGGAUUUGGUGGAAAUAUGCUUGUUCGUCUUUUUAGUUUUCAGGCAAACGGGAGACGUCUCUGCGCAGUCGUUCCAGAGAUAGUUUACAGGCUCGGCUCAAACCAGGAAACAAAUUGAAUUGGCUGUGAGGGAACGUCUUGUCUUGUUACACAUGUAUGUCACCGAUUUGUCCAAAUACAGGGGGUCCUCAGUUUACGACAACCUCAACCUACAGCGUUUCAUGGUCACGUUGCCAUCUCAUGAAAAUAUAUUUUGAAAAUCUUAACUUUUUCCGAUGUACGGUGUUGAAGCUCGUCAAAGUUCGCACAGGAAUUAUAUGGCGGGCAGACAAAUUGGUCGUCACGUGGUAUUAUACAUGGCUUACGUUUACAUUCGCCAGUUGUACGCCGUACGUUGGAUUGUGCUGCAUUCACUGUCUUUCGUUUGUGUUGUUUUUUUGUCGGGAGCUUUUUGCCCUUCAUUGUGGCUCCAGACUCUUCUGGUGUUUUGAUGUCCUAGAUCAGGCAUGGACAAACUACGGCCCGGGGCCCACAUACAGCCCGUUUGCCCACGCCUGUCUGAGAUUAUGUUAACACUGUUAGCAUGGGUGAGUGACGUAGGUACUUAUGUACAGUACGUUGAGGGCCCCCUGUUCACAACUGUAUAGAUGUAAACCACACAUUUGAAAGGGUACCUAGCUAGUAGCAGUUCCGUUUUGGACUUAUGCUAAACCAGCCUAACCCUUUCCUCUCAUAUACUCCUGAACGUAAUUCCCAUUAAAUUUGAUGGGAAUACUUUACCUCAGUGUUUCCCAAACUUUUUCUGGGUACCAAUAUUUUAAGUCCCAAACCUUCGCGACCCAAGUCAAUAGACAUUAUUUGUAAACUCCUGGGGAACAUGAUGCGAGACGGCCCACAAAAAAGAAUCCCUUACGAUCCACCUGAGGGUCGCGACCCAGUCUUUGGGAAACAAUGCUUUACCUGAUACAAGAAGACCAACAGGUUUAUUUUUAAUGGUUUCUCUCUAACUGGUAAUUUAGGUGUAUUAGCACCCACAUCUACAAAACUUUCCCAAUUAUUUCAUUGAAUAUUUGGGAGAUUUUAGUUAGAACAUCACUAUGUAUAUUCAAUAACAGAGCACGAAACUAUUUAUUUAUUGAUAAUGUAGUGUCUGGAGUGUUUUACACAAUUCCUUAAAACAGGCAUUUUAACAUUUUGCACAAAUAAAAAUAUAAGAAAAAAUCUGCC